CAAUGCUAUUUACAGUAUAAAUAAUCCUCAUAUUUUGAGCUGCAAGCAUCAUGACCAGCUGAUAUUUUCUUUCCUCAGGACCAGCUGUUCCCUAGGAGUGUCUGGCUGGAGCCAUAUGAUCUUAGCAACAUAUUUCAGAGCAGUUUCUAAACACUGACAAAGACUCUUGUGCAGCAAUGACUGUUGUAGAGGAAAAUAGGCCUUUUGCCCAACAAUUAUCCAAUGUCUACUUUACCAUACUUUCACUUUUCUGCUUUAAACUUUUUGUAAAAAUCAGCCUUGCAAUACUCAGUCAUUUCUAUAUUGUAAAGGGGAAUCGUAAAGAGGCAGCAAGAAUAGCUGCUGAGUUUUAUGGAAUUCCUCAAGGACAAGGCUCUUGGGCAGAUCGCUCACCACUGCAUGAAGCAGCAAGCCAAGGGCGCCUUCUUUCUCUCAAAACUUUAAUUGCACAGGGAUACAAUGUAGAUGCUUUGACCAUUGAUCAAGUGACCCCAUUGCAUGAGGCAUGCCUUGGAGAUCACGUAGGAUGUGCUAGGAUACUUCUUGAAGCCGGAGCAAAUGUGAAUGCCACAACAAUUGAUGGGAUAACAUCCUUAUUCAAUGCCUGUUCAAGAGGAAGUGCAUCUUGUGUACAACUUCUGUUGGAAUAUGGUGCGAAAAUUCAGUGGGAGACAUGUCUCUUUUCCCCAACUCAUGAAGCAGCCAGCAGAGGUCACAGUGAUUGUCUAGAACUGCUGAUUUCUUGGGGCAUAGAAGUUGAUCAAGAAGUUCCUCACCUAGGAACACCUCUAUAUGUGGCUUGUUUUUCACAGCAGAAACAAUGUGUUCACAAACUUCUGCAUUCAGGUGCAAAUGUACAAAAAGGAAAGUUUUUGGAAACUCCACUGCAUGCAGCUGCAAGGCUAUCUAAUACAGAAAUAAUAAACAUGCUUCUUGAGUUUGGAGCGGACAUAAAUGCCAAAAAUACAGAGUUUGAACGACCAGUAGAUGUCGCUGUUUCAAGCAGCUUGGGGGAAAAAAUACUGCUACUGCAUGAAGUGACGCCGUGUUCCCUUUGCCAGCUGUGCCGACUACGAAUCCGAAAUUAUAUAGGAAGGUCUAGAUUGCAUCUUGUACCACAACUUCAGCUGCCAAAAAUCUUGAAAAACUUCUUACAGUACCGAUAAAAUAGUGAUUAGUUCUUCAAAACCUGAAGAAGUAUUUUACAAUAUGCGUCACAUGAAGAAUUGAUAGGAUAGGGGACAGCCUAAACAAACACACCUGCACAUUAAAAUCAUGCUGCAAUGUAAUUUGGGAUUCCUUGAAGUACUGCUAUAAUUAAAUAUAAAAUGUACUCAUAUUUUAUAGAGCUGCACGAAUCCUUUGAAAAAGGUGUUCUGGAAGGCAAGGGAAUAUGUACAAAGACCCUCUUUUUGAAUUAUUAAAGCAACCAGAUGUUUAGCAAGAAGCUGCACCCAGCUAUUUCCACUGAUGAGGUGGCUGUACAUGCACAUGUAUGCAGACAGAGCCAGGAGCAACUUUUCAUGCAGCUACCUUAGAAAAAGAUGGGCUUUGUACACUCCUCCACAUGUUCCAAAGCAUCUCUUUUGAAGGACUUACACAGCCCUAACAUUCUGAAAGUGUGCUAUAUUUUACAAUGUAGUGUUUACUGAUUAAUCACACCAUUUAAAUUUUACUUUUGUUCAGUCUUUCUGGGAGACUGUACUUUGCACUGCGAAUGGUAAAUUCUUGCAGGAAUUCUGAUCUCUUUUCUUCAGCGCAGCAUUUUCUUAAAACUACUGGAGAAAGAGAACUGGGAUUUCACAUAAAUUAAUGCUUCCAAUCCUUUCAUAUUUAUUCUCUGCAUAAAAUUCCACAACCUGCAAUCAGAGUCACAAGGAGCUUCCCAAGGUUUGGAUGUAGUUCCAGACUAAGUUUUUUCCAAAAUGCAACUGAAAAGGGAGGCUAUCAAGCACAAUAGGUUCAGGAGAUGAUCAUAUGAAUUUCAUUUAAUAAUUUAAUUGCAAUUAAAGAUAAAUUUAAAUUAAAUAAUCUAAUUCAGUUUUUGUCCUAGGUGUGCCCAUUUUAUACUAUAUACCCUCCAGUAUGACAUUUGGCCUAAAAAAGAUUGUUACUCCUAUUCUGUAAGAAUUAGCUUAGCUGGAAAAGAUUCAGCUCACUUGCAUUUGUAAACCAAGAACAUCCAGCCAUAAGUAAUAGCUUUAUCUAUUUAAAUACUGGUGCUCCCGCAGAAGCUAUUUUAUUCUAUGUUCCUACUGCUGUUGAAAGAAUGGGAUAUUAACUGCCUUUUAGUGGAUUCUUGGUUUUUUAAGAACUAGAAUUGAAAGAUCCCACCGUUUAUUUCUCUCUUCAAAAAUUUUAUGAAAUGCUAUGUAAGUAACUGUGUAGCUAGAAGGGAUACAGGAGAAUGUUUUGAAAGUCUAGAUCUUGUAAGUUUUGCAUAAAAUCCAUUGUUUAGUUUAAUUAUUGUUUCACUGUUACAUUCUGAGUAAAGAUGAAUGUGUGUGUCCGUGUGUGUGUGUUAAGAUGUUAAGUACAUAUUCUUUCUCUCUAUCUCUAAAACUGAUAUACAUAUAUAAAACUUGAAAGACAGUUAAACAAAUAAGUGUCAUAUUUUUUUUCAUACAUCUCCUGCUUACGUACUUUAUGAAGACCUGCUAUUGUGAAUUUACUUGUUUUUGUGUGGUCAACCACCCUCUAACUGUCCUGGCACCACCCAGGAAAUUUCAGGACAAAGCAGGGACUUAAUCAUUCCUGCUUCAACCACUACAUAAGAGCACCAUAAAUGUUUGCAUAGGUGAUUAUUUUUCUUCAAAAUGCACAGAAAUUACAGAUGAGUACUUAUAAGAAUAAAAGAUUAAAU